AUGAAAUUAUUCAGGGAAAUUGAGCAAGGAGAUUUUAUUUUUGUUUCAACUCUCUGUCUGAAUUAUUUAUGAAUUUUUGACAAUUUAGGAAUAUGACGAAAUUGACACCCGAGUUGAAAAGAAUGAGAAGGGCCUGAUUCAUGCACUCGAUGUGAGUCAUAUAUGUUUCUGGAGUUAAGCUCAGGCCUUUGAGAUGUCUGAGAUUACUCAUUCUACUACGAUAAUACUGUGAAGAGAUGUGAAGAAUGAGAAAGCAGUUGUCAUAGUAACUGAGCUUAUAGGGAGCAAUGCUAUAAAUGCUCUUCACAAGAACAGUUUUAUGAUCUUACAUCUUCUUCUUGUACCAAUACAUGCUCACCAGGGACUGUCCCUGCUGAAGGUGAAGUCGUGCAUGAUCUGAGGUUUUGAGUUCCGACUACAUUUUAUGUAAACCCAUUUAGCGAAAGUAUUGUUGAGUUUGGAACUUAUGAUAAUCCACAUAAAAAUUUAGUGUUCCCAUUUGUCCUAAUUCAAAAUUUUAUGGCUUUUAUGAAUAUGAAGGUUACCAUCUAUGUAAUGGAGGAAUCUAUUUUAUCUCUCCCUCCUGAUCUAGCUUUCCUGGUCCAUCUUGAUAGUGUGGAGAUUCUUGCAUACACUGACGCGAUUACUGAACCACAAAGAGUCACUGUAGAAAUCAAGGAGACUGUUGAUAACAUAUUCAGCCCUAAAUCUAUGUUCACACUUGUCUCAAACAUCUCUUCAAACCUGCCGAAGAUUUUAGAAAAUGGGAGUCUAAAGCCAGAAGAGAUAAUUCAAUUACAGAGAAAAAACAGAGGGUUUAUUUUUGACCAAACCACUUUGAAGAUUAAAGAUAUUGACUUUAUCUCUACAGUUCCCCAGUCUGAAUCCGAUGGAUAUUUUGUACUUUUUAGCCCCAUCAAUUGUGAUGAGAGCGCUCUUGUUUUGGAGAGGAGCCAUAUAGAAGGCGGAGGGAAAACACUAGAAAGCCUCUCUCAUAUGUCUCUGAAUGUGACCGAUUGUUCCAUAGAUGCCUCUCUGAUGAACGCUGGAUUUGAAUUUCAUAGCCAGUGCAUCGACUCCUCAAAGAGCUUAUCAAAUUCUCUUAUAUUCGAUAAUUUGACAAUCACUCAACCAAGAGAAGAUGCCAUAGUGAAGACUCAAUCCUAUCUUUUGUUUGAAGGAGACAUAAACAUCUUAAUAAAAGGCUAUAAGUUCCAAUCUUUGGGUGCUGAACCUGAAGACUCUCCUCCUAUUAAAAUAACACCCUUCCAGAGUGGUUGAUCCCAUACUGCAGAAAUUCAAGGAAUCUCGAUCCAAGAUAUAGAGCUUGAAAUCCUUGAAGGAGGAAAUACUGAAAGAGAAAGAUCCACACAAAUCUAUAUUGACACGAGCCAACACUUUUCAAGGAAAUUCGAUAUUUCUUUGGAAGGAGUGACAUACAAAUUGCCAACUGGCAUAACAAACUUAAAUUCAUUGAUCAAUAUCAAAGGAAAUGAUGAAACAAUAGUCAACAUUACUGGCAUUUCAGCAGAGAAUUUUCUGCUAAAAUCCUAUGCUCUUCAUGUAGAAGGAGCCAAACAAGUUCUUAUAAAGUCAACUACCCUCCAAAAUAUUGAGAAAUUUGGAGAGUCAUUGAUGCGGCUGGUUAAUGUCUCUAGCACUUCAAUACAAGAUCUGACUAUAAACAACUGAAAUUAUGAUGAUUCUGAGUCAAAGUAUUAUAUUGACACUAACUUUGAGGGAGGAGUCUUGAAUGCAACUGGCCUUCAUAUAAAUUCUAUUGCUACUCAAUCGAGAGUGCUUCUUCAUAUUGAGGAUAUCAAUGAACUGAUAUUAAAUGAUUCUACCUUUGUAAACAUAUCCCUUAGUAGCCAAAGUCCUCUAAUAAGCAAUAAAGCUUUAAGAGCUACAGAAAUAAGGAAUGUAACAUUUGAAAAGAUAUCCUCCGGUCUGAUUAUUAUAUCUACUCCUGAACUAAUCUUAGGUUCACAGAGCCAGUUUCAUUUCAAAAAUAUCACAAUGCUAGACUGUAUUACUCCUUUUUUCAAACUAAGCAAAUUUUCUAAUCAUUCAGGGUCAAACGGUGAACUCUCAAUUUCUGGUUUUGAAUUUAACCAUGCCGCUUCCGUUAUUUCGGAGCUCCAAAAUAUAGGAGGACUCUCUCCAAUCAUUGGGUAUAAUGAUCUUGUAUAUCAGGUUAAUUUUACAAUCAGAAUGAAUGAUUUGAAAUUUACAGGAAUCGAAUUUGAUAAGUUAGGUGGCGAUGUCCUUAGCUUCACUCAUCAGCUCAGUGAGGAGAUCCAAAUUGAAAAUUUGGAAGUAAAUAAUUGAAGAAAUGCUUAUAUUUCUCUUAGUUCUUCAUCUCUUCUCACAACAGCAUUAAAAACUCAGGUGAGAAUAGUUAAUUCAACUUUCAAAGAUAUGGAGCUAGACACAAGGUCAUUCAUCAAAAUAGAAGGCUUAUCUGUUCUGAAUGUUGAGACAUGAAACUUCUUUCAGAUUUCCACAAUAUCUGAAGCUGCCAUUCUACAUGCUGCUCCUUCUGGAGCCACAGCUAUUUUUACAGAUAAUGUUUUCCAAAACAAUAGUGCAUUUAGAGCUUCUUUAUUCAAGGUAGAAGAUGACAGUUUGGUCCAACUGAAUAACUGUACUUUGAAACACAAUCUUGCAAUAUUCUCAGGAGUUAUUAUGGCUGAGAGAAAUGGGAGAUUUGAAUUCUACGGCUCAUCAUUUGAGAGUAAUUAUGGAUUUUCAGUAGUAUUUGCCUCUUUGUUCGAUGUUCCAAAUGCUCCAAUCAUUGAUAAUUGAGUUUUCUAUAACUAUGGAAUACUUUCAACUUGGGAUAUUAAUUAUAUAACUGAAGAGCCAAAUGAAUACUGAUGGAGUUACUGCUUUCUCCCAAGUUUUUAUCGGAAAUAUAUUAAUAAAACACUAAAUGAAUUCAUUUCUUUGGAACUAGAGAGCAUGAUUCAACUGAUUAGUUCUGAGAUAGAGAUUAGAAAUAAAACAAGAUUUGAUUAUACUGGUACUGUUCUUGAUUGAUUCGUGGCAAAAGCAAUUAUGGACGAUGUAGUGAUGUUUGGAGGAUGGAGUUAUAGAUCUGUUUUAAUCAUGACUAGCUCAGAACUUGUUCUUACAAACUCAAAUAUCACAUGGGUAGACACAUGGAAUAAUCAAACUUCUUUGGUAUAUUCAGAUAUGGGGUCAAAUUUAUAUAUCGAUGGUCUAGUAAUUGACAACUUAAAUAGCCAAUUGUUUAUUCUUAGAUCUUCAACCUCUGUCAUCAAGAAUAUUAAAAUAACUAGAGUCAACCCCUAUUAUUCAUAUUUCAGGAUUGAGAAAGCUAUAGAUAAUCAUUUUGAGAAUUGGGAAAUCAUAUCUCCAAGUUCUUACUAUAGAAGUAUUCUAUUUCAGUCCUAUGACUCUUAUUUUUCUUUGAUUCAAAACAUCACAGUUACAAAUCCAGCCAAAAUGUUAUUUAAGUUUCAAGAAUGUCAAAUAGAUCUGAUGAAUCAAAUAGAUAUAUCUGAUUCAGCUACAACAGUAAUAUCUUUUGAGCAAUCUGUUUUGAAUCUUAUGAAGAAUUCUAUCUUCAUGAAGAAUGGAGGAACAAGCACAGCAUAUGGACCUAUUGAAAAUUAUUCUAGUAAAAUAGCCAUACAAAAUACAACAUUCUCCCAGAACAAAGCUCGCUCUGGGGCUGGAAUAGCUAUCCUUUGAAAGAAAUCCACCCAUUGAUCAACUUCUCUUACUGAUAUUAUUUUUGAUAGUAAUGAAGCUACUCAAAAAGGAGGAGCAAUCUACUACGAUGUCUAUCGCCCAAUUAUGACUAACAUCACUUUUAACCAAAAUAAGGCAGUUUAUGGUGAAAACAUUGCAAGUUAUCCCAUCAAAGUAGUUCUUAGCGAGGAACUCUCAGAUAAAAUACACCUUGAUGAAGUUGCCAGCGGUCAAAUAAUAGAAAGAGUUCUCAACAUGUCUUUAGUUGAUAUUGAUAAACAAGUAAUUGCUGAUGUAACUUCUGGGACAAUAUCUAUCAUCUCUAGUUCAAAAAAAUUUAUGGCAAAAGGACAAACUUCAGCACCUAUUGUGCAAGGAAUUUCUUUAUUCAAAGAGCUAAUUUUGAUAGGAGAGCCAGGCUCUACAACAUUUGAUUUUGUGGUAUCGACUACAUCAAUUGAUAAAGCAACAAUAUUGCAAGCAUAUAACAAAACUUCACUUCAAGAUCCGUUACAUGUAAAUUUUAGAUAUUGAAAGCCGGGUGAAGCUGAUGAUGGCCUCAAUUGCAAUGUUUGAGGAUCAGGCUCGUAUUCUUUGAACUGGAAUUCAUCUGAGUGUACCCAAUGAAUGGAUAAUGCAAACUGAUUAGGAGGAACAGAGAUCCACUUACACAAAGGAUAUUGGAGGAGUUCUGUGUAUUCUUCAGCACCUAUUGAAUGAUUGCGAUCAGAAGCAUGAGAAGGAGGAUAUGUUCCUCAAAAUAAGUAUCCAGUCGAAUGUCAAGAUGGGUAUCAAGGGAUUUUAUGAACUGAAUGAGUGGUCACUAAUGGAGAAAAAUAUGAGAGAUUAGCAAAUUUUGAAUGAUCAAAAUGACCAGACCCUGUUAUGAAUGCUCUUAGAAUUUUAGGCCUUAUCACUUUAGUUGGAAGCUUUUUUGCUAUUAUGAUUUUAAUUGGGAUCAGAAAAAAGAGAGCAAGUCAGCAUUCAAUACUUCUGAGAAUUCUGACAAAUUACUUACAAUUAUUGACAACAGCUUUGUCUUUCAACUUAAAAUUUCCUCCUGCUCUAACAAAAAUUUUCUAUCCGAUUGAAAGAAUAGGAACUUCAUCCGAAGCAUUCCUCUCUUUCGAUUGAUUUAUCAAGGAUGCAGAGAUAAAAGCAUUUACACCAUCUGUUGCGAUUUUCAAGAUAUUUCUAACUGGGCUUCUUCCAUUGUUAUUGAUUAUCUUAGGUAUACUUUUUUGGCUUCUGGCUUAUGCUAUUCUGAGGGAUAGGAUCAAUUUGAAGAGGAAUUUGUAUAUUACUGUCAUUGUUACCAUCUUUUUAAUGCAUCCAAUGCUCACAAAAGUUGGAUUUGAGAUCUUCCAGUGAGUUCAAGUUGACAAAAACGAAUACAAAGUUAAAACUGACCUUGAUAUUACAUGAAUGUCUCCUCAACAUCUUCUGUGGUCAUUCGCUAUUGGAUUUCCUAUCAUAUGAGUCUGGACAAUAGGCUGCCCUUUGCUUGCUUUUAUUAUUUUAUAUAGAAAUAGAAAGUCACUUCACCUCCCAAGGGCACAAGCUUAUUAUUUAAUGCUCUACCAAGGUCUUGAUAUUUAUUACUGGGAGAUAAUUAAUACUGUUAGGAAAGUCAUCAUAGUUGCAAUCAACGUUUUCAUGGCUACACUCCCUCUAACUUAUACAGCAUUGGCAGCGGUUUUAUUCAUAAUUUUCUUUAUAAGAUUGCAAAUAAGAAUGAAACCUUACAAAUCUGAGCUCAAUAAUCAGCUGGAAAUUGAAUCUCUAGUAGCUGGAGCUUCAACUUUGUUCUGAGGAGUGCUAUUUAUUCAAGAAGAAACUGAUGCUCCUGAGAUUGUACUCCUUGCUCUAACAGUUUUGGUAUUCAUAAAUGUAAAAUUCUUUUUGUUCUGGGUUCUCUUGUUUAGUUCUCAAUAUGCUGCAAAAUAUGAUUUGGUAUUCUCUUUCUAUAACCUACUUGCCUUCAUUCUUUGUAAGAGGAAGUUUGCUCAAGAACUCUUGUCAAAAGAGAAAGAUAGUCUGAAACAACAGAAAAAGGUUCUUUACAAACCAAAGAAAAAUAAGAGACGUGCUAAAAAAAGAAGAAAAUUAUUGAAGAAAAUUAAAGCUGUAAAAAAGCUUCCACUAAAACAUUUCAAAAAAAUGGAAAAAUCUGAUUUGUCAGCAACCUCAAAUUCGAUGUUAAGACAAUUUAGCACUUUUUCAAAAUCAAGAAGGAGAAUAGUAGGAUUCAAAUCAAAAGGUAAAAACGACACAAGCGUUGAUGCAAUUCUUAUCAGAGAUGAUCAAAAACCAUCAAAACCAGAUCUUCCCAUAAAUGAUGCCUAAAUUCCUAUAAUACCAUUCAACCU